AGUCAGUGCAAGUCUAGCUACGGAGAGAGCAGCAUUACUGACAACAUGAUAUGUGCCGGGUUACUAGAGGGAGGCAAGGAUUCCUGUCAGGGGGAUUCAGGAGGUCCAAUGGUGAGCAAGCAGGGUGACCGCUGGAUUCAAGCAGGAAUUGUAAGUUUUGGAAAAGGAUGUGCUAAGCCAAAUUUCCCAGGAGUCUACACCAGAGUAUCCCAGUAUGAGAGCUGGAUCAACGGUGUGAUCAACACCAACCAGCCGGGCUUCAUUAGCUUCACAUCCAGUGGGAUUGGCGGUGACCUCAAUGUUACCACUAAAACUCCAACAACUUUGGCAACACCAACUCCACCUGAACAGCAUGUGACAUACCUAUCUGAGUGUGGUCUGGCACCGCUCAACACCAGGAUUGUUGGAGGAGAGGACGCUCCUCCAGGCACCUGGCCCUGGCAGGUCAGUCUGCACAACUUUGAACACUUCUGUGGAGGAUCUCUGAUUACUGACCAGUGGGUCCUGACUGCUGCUCACUGCCUCCAAGGGAUCUAUAGCCCUGCUUAUCUGACGGUGUAUCUGGGCCGUGAGGUUCAGAACGGAUCUAACCCAAACGAAGUCUCCCGGACAGUAUCACAGAUCAUUAUUCAUCCUGACUACAACUCACCCAUUUUCAACAAUGACAUCGCCCUCCUCAAGAUGUCUGAACCAGUGAAGUUCACUAGCUAUAUCUCACCUAUUUGCCUGGCAGCCUACAACAGCACCUUUCACAGCGGGCUUGACUCCUGGGUUACUGGCUGGGGCAACAUUGGAUUUGGGGAGCCUCUUCCUUCACCAGGAAACCUUUCGGAAGUGGACGUGCAGGUUGUGGGAAGCAGCCAAUGCAAAUGUGAUUAUCGUGCAAUAGAUGAAGACGUGAUUACUGACAACAUGAUAUGUGCUGGGUUUCGGGAAGGAGGGAAGGGAACCUGUCAGUAUGUGGUCAACCAUCACUCAACACCAGGAUUAUUGGAGGAGAGGAAGCUCCUCCAGGCAGCUGGCCCUGGCAGGUCAGUCUGCACAUCUUUGGCCACAUCUGUGGAGGAUCUCUGAUAAACGACCAGUGGGUGCUGACUGCUGCUCAAUGCGUCAAUUGGAUUGGUAGCAACCCAGCUGGUCUCAAGGUGUACCUGGGACGGCAGAGUCAGGAGGGAUCCAACCCAAACGAAGUCGUUCGGACGGUAUCAA